UGUUGUCAAGAGGCCGCAGAGAAUGGUUGUAGCAACGGUUUACUUCCGGUCUCUUGUUUUUUCUCAGCUUUCAGAUUGACUGUCAACAAACAGAUUUAACCAUGGCAACAGAAAUUGAUAUGAUUACUAAAAAACCUAGGACUGCAAGAGAUCCUUACACAACACUAACAGAUACACAGAUCACUAAUCUAAAAAAGGAUCCAUCAGCAUUUUUCAUGUUUAGUAAACCCGAGAAGCCAUAUCCAGAAAAGGGAUGGACUUUGGACCGGUAUGCCACAUGUACCAAUGAGCAUUUGUUUAGAGGUCACCUGACACAACCACAUUGCUGGAUUGACACACAGUGGCAAAGAGAUCCAGCAAAAGACCACAAUAAUAGUAUAUUAGGGGCAUCACAAAGAUGGGGACCUGAUAAAGUAGGAGUGAGAACUGUUCAACAUUUUAACAGACCAGAGGAUCCAAAUAGAUUUGUCAAUACAGAGCUAUACAGACGACAAAAUACAAACAGACCAGGAACAGUUCACAUGAAACAUGGUCGACCAGGGGAGGGGUACUAUUUAAUGAGGAAUCCAAAUUCCCAGACAUGGUUUGGUUCCACAGUUCCACUAAACAGAACGGGUAUAUUACAGGACAUUAGACCUAAAACAAUUGGUGAAUAUGAAGCAAUACAGAAUCAACACAAAUCUGAAGUGUUACAAAGGAAAGGAAAAUAUCCAGCGUACUCAGAAUAUACUGACAGGAUUGGUUUGAAAACUAGAUUACAGCCGAUUAUGACAACGGAUCCUUUCACACCAGAAUUGUUUAUCAGACGACAACGAAGAAAGAUGUACCUAGAAGGAGAAGACUAAAUAACGGAAGUUAGAUGAUUAUAUUCACUGUUAACUGUUUUAGUGCACGAGUCAGUCUCAGAGACAUGAUUAAUAUGUAUGAGAAUCAUACUGAUGAUACAUGUUUAGCAUUAUAUAUGUUGAGUAUAUGUUAAAAUGUAAUGAAUGUGAGAUUUUGAAAUAUGAGAAUUUACAGUAAAACCCAUCUAAAAUGAACUCCUAUUGGACAGAAAAUUUGGUUGUACUAGACAGUUGUUUGGUUAGAUAUUUCUACAGGUAUAUUCAUUGUUUAUCUUGAUAUGCCAGUUCAAAUAAGACGGGGUUUUCAUAAUGACAGGUUUUACUGUAAUUUAUUGUCCAUUAAUUAUUGAAAGUAGAAUUUGAUAUUAAAAAAUAUUUCCCAUUAUGUUAAACAGUCUGUGAUGUUCUUAUGAAAGUUAAUUGUUCGCUGUUUAGUGUUAAUUGUUCUCUGUUAAAAGACAAAUGCAUUAGUAUUUACAUUGUUAAUCUGUUAAUGGCUUCAACAUGAUCAAAUCAGACCUCUGACCUUGUGACCUGACGUCUUAUUAUUUUUAGGACCUGUGACCUUUAAAAAUAUUCAAAACCUUGAAUCAGAUCAGUUUAUUACUGUAAAUCUUGCUUAAAAGUGACUUUGUGACCAAACCUGGGGGUACCCUUCUGGAGCCUCUAUUAUCUUGUUUUACUUACGUUUAACUUAGGUAUAUAUAAUGGCCAGUUGACUGUGAUUUUUAAAAGUUAAAUGUGCAAAUGAAGAAGAUUUUAUUUUACAGUAAAUAAAAUUGAAAUAGUGCUGUUUUAGGUUUAUGUUAAAUACUAUUACAUUUUAAUAAAUAUAUCCCUGUGAUGUAGCUUACAAUUGUCAUAUUAUCAGUCCAUGAAUGUUGUGUUGGACAUAGUCAUAUCAUGAUGCUACUUAAUCAAAUGGAUUAGCAUCCCAUUAGAAAAUGAAUAGCAACAUGUGAUUUGUUAUUGUGUUAGCCAAAUAAAUACUGAUAUGUUA